AUUCACAUUCACAUUGCUGCUCGUGACGCGCGAACUGCACCGCGUGAGACCGUCUAUAGCUGAUGCGACACGCAGAGAGAAGGCGAACGCGAGGGUCUGGACCGGUGCCUCCUUUCCAUGCUGCUCUCUCACCAUCUUCACACACACUGUACGACUAGCUGACGCGGGCGCCUCCUCUGAGACAUUCCCCUCUCUGGCAAGCAUCACACAACGCUCGACUACCACGCAUCGCGCAGAGCACCUGACGGGAGGUGCUUGCAUCGCCCGAGAUCCAAUCCGCGCUUCAUCUCGUCUCUGCCUCGCAAGUCGUUCACUUAAUAUUUUGACUGUGCAUCAGCAACUUACCCAGUCGAAGGCAGGAUGCAUCCAGCUCUACUGAUCAUCCUCGUGGUGCUCUUCUCUACUCUGCUCUCAAGCAUCGGUCACGCUCGUCUAUCCACGCUCAUCCUACCCAUCUGGCUACGUCUCACUUCCGCCUCGACAUUAGCCGCGAAUCAAAGGGCAAAAAAGGAGUUGUUGCAGAACAGAUUAUUACUUGGACAGACUUCGGCUCAGGAUGAUUUUAGCAAAUGGGCAAAGAUCAGGAGAAAGGUGGACAAGCUGACUCAGGAGAUCGAGGACGCAAAGCUUCAGUCUGCUCAAUCAACCUUGACGCUGCUCGUUCGAGCAGGUCUGAUUGUGCUCACCACAGUGAUGCCCUUCCUGGUCACUUCCUACCACUCCAAGACGCCCAUGUUCUUCCUUCCUCCCGCUGCGGCCGGUACGAGGGAGGGAAGCACCUGGUUCGGACCUAUCGGAUGGGCUCUGAGUCUGGCUGCUGCGCCCGCUGGAUCGGUCUCGGCAGGUGCCUGGUCCGCAGUGGUCACUCGAGUGUUUACGCUGCUCAUCUCGGGCGUGAAAGAUGUGAUGCCCUCGGCCUCAUCGGAUACGAAGAGUGCAAAGCCGACAGAGAAGCAAUCUCAGACAGAAGCGAAAAAGAGCGCCAGCAUUGAAUCCGUAAAGGAGAAGUCUUCGUGAAGAUGACGUGCUCUGCAAUGAGGACAUGCUUUGUAGACUUUUUUUGCGCGCCAGAGCUUCUUCAGUCAGAGGGAUCAAAUACUAAAGUGUGGGCUACCCGC